AUGCGGCAGCGGAUACAUGAAUUGGUAGCGGUGGCCUUUGCAUCCCAUUUUGUAACUGAACACGAUGGCCGAGCCCUGAACUAUGAUGGAUUACGGACGAGACGCGCAAACAAGGCUCCGCCCGCGGACCGCCUUUGCCUUCGCCUUCUCCUCCCCCGAGAGCGGCUUGGCUUCGUCGGAAGCUGUGACGCGGCCACGAAGGCUUCUCCGUCGGAGCAAAACGGGGGUGGGGUGGGGGGACGACGACGGGAGCGGCCUGAAGCCGCCAUCCGCAUGGACCAGGGCCGGGCGCCGUAUUGGUUGCGCCGAAGGAAGGCUCCGCGACGCGCCCAGCCCGGCCGCUUAGACACUGAGUAUAGCCUGGCCAGCAACAGUAGACCUAAUUCAUCGUAUUUGGACCCUUGGAUUGUGACUCUUCUGUUGGAGUACAAAGAAUCCGUAAUCAAAACAGAUGGACAGCUUGGACAUGUCCUGAAGGUUUUGAAUGAGCCAAGGGUUUACCAAGAUGCUGAGCAGGAACCAGAAACAAUUCUACAUAUUGGGGAUGGACUUCACUAUAUUGAAGUGGUGGUUGCAGGCAAAGCUGCUAAAAUGACAAAACAAUCUAUGGCUCAGCAUGGAUUGUCUGGCAUUAUUGGCCAGUUCAUCGUCUUGCAGAAUUAUAGAGUCAAUUUUAAAAGAGCAGCUGAAAUGGAAGAUUGUCGAUUUUAUCUCACCCUUGAGUGUUUCCAGGUCAUGCCCAUGCAGAGAGAGGGGAAGAGUCUGCAAAAUUGCAAUCGGGAGCUGUCAGUCAUACAAAAGAUAAAGGACCUAUGGCAGAAAGGUUUUGCGAUGCAGAUGUGGUUCAACUCAGGACAAAAAUCGCAGUCGGUUUCCCAAGUACUGAAAGAUGUAAACCAUGAUCAGCUGAACGCUUUGAAACAAAACGCUAAAGAUUGUCUCAACUUAUUAGGCACCAACGAACUGUUGGAUUCUGAGCAGCUGGCCGUGUAUCCUGAAACUAAAUGGCAACUGGAACGGAAGCAACAUAAGAUGCACCAAGAUAUCUUCACAGUUCCAGCUGAAUACCUGGUGAUCAGUGCAGAAAACGAGGCAGCACUUUCCCAGUCCUACAUAGCAAAUACCCCUCAAGUUGUUCCUGAAGAAGAUGAAAACAUUCAAGAAGAUGACCGUAGCACUGUAUCCUUUUUCAGUGCAGAUUCUGCAAGUUUGGAUGGUUCUUUAGAAAAUCCCUGGGAUGCAGUUCCUGGAAUAACCUUGAGCACCUCCAGUGAUGCCUCUGGCACAUCCCAUGGCCUUCCCCGGAUGCAGCAAAUGCUUUUGGCCAGUCCUGCUGAAGAAGCAAACCCAAACUCCAACACUUGCAUCUCACAUUUCCCCGAGCCUUGUGAUAAUACGCCUCACCAUCACUCUGAGUGCAUUGCACCGCCCAAGUUUCCGUCGCUAUUUCAUUUUCAGAACAAUGAAUUUCUCAUCGAAACGGCCAAUCCGACACCUGACCUGGUGACGUCAACCACAUCAGGCCAGGCCAACGAACUCGCGGACAGCCUUCCUUGUGGCCAGCCAUUAAAUAAAUCCUACCUUCAGAAUUCUGGCUUUCCUUUUUCUCCUGUUCGUCAUUCCAACGAGGGCGACUUCUCCUCGGAGCCAGUGUCUGAAAAUAGGAAGGAUUGUCUAUCCCUUGCCCAUGGAGCUAAAGGGAUGACAGAUAGAUGGAAAUACUUUGAAACUGAGACAUCUGUGUCAGCGCAAAGGAAACGGGUGACAAAUGAAGGAGAACCUUCUGAGGCUUCUACUCCAACUUGUAGUAGGAGUAGUAAUAUGGAAGCUGUAGGGCAUUGCUCUACUGAGACCGUUACAAAAAUUAGUACUCCAAAUAAGAGACGUGUAAAUCGGUACCUUCCCUUGAACUUUGCAAGCACCCCCAAGAAAAGGCGGUUGGAGGAGAUUCGGGACGAGCAGUCGCAGGUAUUUGACGGUUGCAGUUGCGCGGAGAGACAGCUGGAAAAAAGAAGCGAGCAGGAGCCAAGAGGAAUCGUCACCAGGAAGCAAAAGCGAAUUGGAGCUCAACAGAAGGAGAAUGCGAAAGGAGACGGUUUUCACUUUAUACGCAACCCACCUACACCAGAGCUCUGCUCUCAAGUGCAGUCUAUAAGGCUCUCAAGAGCAUUACUGGAAUGGGCACGCUGGGUUUUGAGCAGCGCGGAGAAGGAAUAAACUUCCCAAAGAUUCCUUGAUCUCAGGUUGAAUUUAUCUAGACACUUUCGUUAUGGUUUAAGCUGUUGGGUGUUUUUUUUUUUUAAUUCUGUUUUUCUGAAGAGAGAUAUGUUGUUCCAAUUUCACUAUACAGAAAAGAAGGGAACCCAUCACCUUUUUUUUCAUCGUAAGGUUCUUUGGAUGUCUCCAGCAAAGAUUCGCUUUGAUUUUGAUAACAAAGAUGCGCUACCUGCUUCUUUUAAGGAUGGCAGAAUGAUAAUGCCGUAAGACGUAAUGCGCCUAUUUAUAUAAACGAUAAGUGGGGACUCAGCUAUAAAUGCAAACCUGUUUGUAUGUUUUUGUUUCAUAACUUGUUAAAAUAAACUGGCAGCCAUUACAGCUUGUCUUGUAUGUCAUAAAGAUAAAGAGUUAUUUUUACAUAAGUAUGGGGAAGCUUUUUUUUUUUUUACAAUUGGUUGUAAAUACAAUGCAAAGAAUUUUAGUCUUUAAAAAUUGACAUAUGGAAACUACAGUUCCUAAGCUAGUGUGCCCUGACAUGCAAAACCUGUAAUUUUAUCUGCAACGAAGGAUUUGCAGGUAUUUUAAGGUGCAUAUCCAUUUUUGAAAUUAGGGAGGAUCUGUAGCCUACAUGCCUUUAUAACUAGUCCGUUUUGCUCUUAUAUUUUAGACCUUUAAUGGCGAAGCUAUGGCACGCAUGCCAGAGGUGGCACAUGAGCCAUCAUCACAGUUCAGCUCUGCUGCACAUUCAUGCGCCCCUCCUGCCAGCCAGCUAGUCUCUGGGUAUCUGCCGCAAGGGGCAUGUGGGGGGGGGGCGUGCGUGUAUGUGGGGGUGCGCUUGGCGGGGGCCACACACUUUGCAUUUUGGGGGUUCAGCCACACGUGAGCAUUUGGGCACACGCGCUUUGGGCACUUGGUCUGGAAAAGGUUAGCCAUCACUCCUUUAGACAGUAUAUUCUCUGUCUAAAUGUUAGACAUGUUGCGCAAUUUAUUUGUGCCUUAGAAUUUCAGGAGUUUGUAGAGAGUUAAAUCCAUAAAACAGUAGCACGUAGCUAAAAAAACCACAUAGUGGUUUUAAUGCAGUUAAGUCUAGAAUGCAACAUUUCAUUUAUGGGUACAACUCCAGUUUGGUUUGUUGCAGUGAGUGAGAUGCCGUAAGCCUGCAACACAUGACGACAAAUAACUAUCUCUGAUAUUAUUCUCCAGUGAAAGAAUUUACAUCUUCAUGCUUCUAAAGUGGCAAGUUCCAUUACAGGUUACGCCUGAUACUCAUGAAUCUGUUUUAUCUCUUUUAACAACAUGAAUAAAUGGAUGUAUUUGCUUCCUGUAGCUUUCAUACUUCAGAAUUGUAUAAAGAACUUUCUUUGUCUGUUCCCAGUCUGCUAUCAUUUCAUUAGAUAACUAUGUAGGAAAGCAAUACUAAAUUUGUAGAGCAUUUCAGGAGACAGAUAUAUGCUAUGUGUCAUUAAGGUAACUUGAGUGUGGCAUCAAGAAAGACCAUAUGGAAGAAGGUAAAACAUUCAUUACUCUUAAUAGAAAUAGAGUAGUGAAAUGCUACACAAAUUAAACAUUUCCUUAAGUGAUGAAUGGUUUCCACAACGGUAUAUAUUUGUUAAAAAAAUGCCAUAAAGGUAAUAAACAAUUGUAUGCCAACAUCAAUAUGAAUUAAAAUGCUCAUUUUUAAUUA